ACGUGGACUUCUAGAAGUGAACUAAAGGCUGGUGGUGGAUCACCAUGGCUGUGCGACGACGGAGCCCCUUGUUGCUGCUGGUACUGGCGCUACUGACGUUCGUAAGCGACGUACACGCGUUUGGCUUCAACUUUGGCUUCGACGGGGUCCACCACGAGCACCACCACGAGCACGAACAUGAACAUGUCGACUUCUACGAGACUUUGGGGUUGACUAUGGAGGCGUCUGAGGCUCAGAUCAAGAAAGCCUACCGCAAACUGAGCCUUAAAUACCACCCAGACAAGAACAAAGGCGACGAGGAAGCUGAGAGCCGCUUCCACGAGAUCUCGCGCGCCUACGAAGUGCUAUCGGACCCGCAGAAGCGCCAAGUGUACGAUCUGGAGGGCUUUGAGGGCCUCGAACGCGAAGAGAAGUCGGGUGGACGCCCUUCUAGUCCAUUUGACGCCUUUUUCGGUGGCGGUGGCAAACAGCGUGGCCCUGACGCUGCCGUGGACAUGCCCGUGACGCUAGAGGAGCUCUACAACGGGGCCAAGAAGCAGGCACAGUUCGCACGCAAUGUCAUCUGCCGCAAGUGCCGCGGUACUGGAGCUAAAGGAGGUAAAACGACCACAUGCAAGACGUGCGGUGGCUCUGGACACGUGCUGGUGGAGCAAAAGAUGGGACCGGGAUUCACUGUGCAGAUGCAGCAGCCGUGCCCCAAAUGUGGCGGACGCGGCAAGACUUUCAAGGAGGCGUGUCCGUUCUGUCAUGGCAAUAAGGUCGUAAAGGAGGACAAGGUGCUGGCAGCAGAGAUCGAAAGGGGCAUGCCAUCUACGCAUCAGAUUGUCUUCGAGCGCGAGAGUGAGCAACGGCCUGGCAUGGUGCCGGGCGACGUCAUCUUCCGACUGCACCAGGUGCCCCACAACCGCUUCCGCCGCGCGGGUGACGAUCUGCACUACGACCUGGAGAUCUCUCUGGAGGAGGCGUUGCUGGGCUACAAGAAGCCCAUGAAGCAUCUGGACGACCGCACUGUUGUGCUCAAGAACUCGAAGGUGACAACGCCCUUCGAGGUCCGCACAGUGGAGGGCGAGGGCAUGCCUGUGCACAACUAUCCUUCCCAACACGGCAACCUGCACGUGCAUCAUGAGAUCCAGUUCCCGACGAAGCUGUCGGCCGAGCAGAAGGACCUUGUGAAGAAGCUACUGCCUGAAGACCCCGUAGUGGCAGUGGAAUGAAAAUCUGCUAGAUCAACUUCAAUGCGAAAAAGGAAACUUUCAUUCUAUUGGUAGAAAACCAGUGAUUAUCAAGUUGGGUUGAUAAUUUCUUGUCGUG